AUGGAUGCAAAUAUCCCUGAUGAUUUGCCAAACCUUGGUGAUCCAAUAGAGGUUGUUGCACCAGUUGAUGAGGAUGAGAGGGAGUACCCUGAAUUAUGGGGACAUGUUGAUAAUGUGGAAUCUGAGAGAGAUGUUGUCAUAUCAGCACAAUUUGAACCCAUUGGUGAAGAAGAGAAUCAGGAGAAUAUUGAGAUGGGGGUGGAUGAGAAUGAAGAGGUUCGGGAUAGAUUGAGAAUUGAGUAUGAUGGAGAUAAUCCUUCUCUCACAGAAGAUGUCCCAUUCGAAUCAAUGAUGGAUUGCAGGAAUGCACUUGCCACUUAUUGCAUAGUAAAUGAAUGUGAUUUUGUGAUUGAUAAGAGUGAGCCCACUAGAUUGACUGUUCAUUGUCCAGACAGGAGGUGCCAGUGGCAGAUGCAUGCUUCCUAUAUGCGGAAUAGCACAAUUGUUCAAGUCAAAGUGAACCCAUAUCCUCAUACGUGUGUAAGAUCAGGAGAUGCACAAAAGGCAGCUAAAAGCAGAUGGUGUGCCGAUGCAAUGUUGGAAUGGCUGAGACAGAACCCAAGCAUUGGUCCAUCUGAACUGAUAAAGAGGCUCCAUGAGAAGUAUAAUGUGAGGGUGCCUUAUAUGAGAGUGUUUUAUGGCAAGGAAAUGGCCCUCGACAAGAUUUAUGGUCCGUGGAAGGAUAGUUUCAACCUAUUGUACACAUACAAAGCUGAAGUGGAGAAGGCAUCUCUAGGAAGUGUUGUAGAGAUUGACCACCAAACAGUGUCAUAUAGAGUGAAAGUUGCUUAUGGUGUGCUAGAGACUGAAUCAACCGAGAGCUGGACAUGGUGGCUUCAGAAUUUGAAACAGGUUGUGGGCUUUCCGGAAGGAUUGGUUAUCCAUAUAUAUGCUUGCAAGGGAUUAGAAAUUGCAGUAGACUUGGUGUUCCCUGGAGUGGAACAUAGGGAGUGCAUGCGCCAUCUUGCUGCAAACUUUGGCAAAAGAUUCAAGGGAAAGUUGUUUGACGAUAAUUUAUGGCCGGCAUCAUUGACAUAUAGUCUCAAGAAACAUAAAUACCAUGUGAGCCAAAUGUACAGGAAGCCAAAAGUGAAGCCCUACAUGGAUGAGAAACACACAAAGAUAUGGAUGAGAAGCAAGUUCAAUGAAUUAUGUAAGGUAGAUUAUGUGAACAACACCUUGGCGGAGUCUUUUAAUGCAUGGGUUAGGAAAAUCAAGGACCUUCAUGUGGUGGAUUUGUUGGAUAUAAUUAGAGUGAUGAUUAUGGCCAAGUUUGAGUUGCGCCAAAGAAUUGCAAGGAAAAGAUUUGCAGGUCACAAGAUAAUUCCAGUGGUGAUGACAAGGUUGCAUGAUAAAACAAGAGGUUUGAAAAUGUCACUCGUUUGGCGCAACCCCUAUGAGGCUGAAGUGACUGCAUUGGACAGGGAGAAGAGGGAAUGGAAAUACGUGAUCAGCGACCAUUGUAAGAAGAUCGAUAAGCUGCAGGGUUCUGUGAGAAAUGCUAAGGAAAAGAUGCAGUGGGCGGCAAACUACCUGCAUGAUGUCACUAAGGAGAGCAAGAUAGCUGAUGAAUUUGCAUGUGCCAUGGAUACUUUUUGCGACAUUCUUCAAGAAGCAUCUGAGUUUUGCGAUGAUGAACUGAAUUAG